AUUGCAAUCACUUCCUACGUUGCAAUGCUGCUCAUGGAUGCUAAACAUCUUUGAAAUCAAACCCUAAAUCCUUAAGAUUAUUCAUUAUAUUAACAGAAGCUGAGGGGGACAGCGCCGCGAUGGGUUUGCUGACGAUUUUGAAGAAGAUGAAGCAGAAGGAGCGGGAGAUGAGGCUUCUGAUGUUAGGUCUGGACAAUGCAGGAAAGACCACCAUCCUGAAGAAGUUCAACGGAGAAGACGUCAGCACCAUCUCCCCAACGCUGGGCUUCAACAUCAAAACCCUGGAGCACAGAGGCUUUAAAUUGAAUAUUUGGGAUGUAGGAGGUCAGAAAUCACUCCGUUCCUACUGGAGAAACUACUUUGAGAGCACAGACGGGCUGGUGUGGGUGGUGGACAGCGCAGACAGACUCAGACUGGAGGACUGCAGGCAGGAACUCAGUGCACUGCUGCUGGAGGAGAGGUUAGCUGGUGCAACACUGCUGGUUUUUGCCAACAAACAGGAUUUACCAGGAGCCCUGUCAAAAGAGGCGAUACGAGAGGCCCUGGCUCUGGAUGAGAUUAAAAGCCAUCACUGGUGUAUCAUUGGUUGCAGUGCAGUAACAGGAGAGAAUCUGUUAGCUGGAGUGGACUGGCUAUUAGAUGAUAUCGCUGCAAGGAUCUUCACUGCUGACUGAAUGUGUGCACCUAACACAGCAACCUCUUCUGUUUGGCGAACUCUGACAUGACUCCAGGACCAAUAUUGGACAGCGAAGAUCAGAAGUAGCGAGAAAGAUCAAUACUUGUAUUUUUUUUUUGUUCCGUUAGCUGUUUAUGGUCACCAGACCUGCAGGUAACAGUGCUGUCUGUGUCCAUGAUCAGCAGAAUAAUACACUGCUUUUAUAGUUUCUCUUUGUCAGCACUGACAGUUGAUCCAGUCAUGCUGAGGAGAGAGAAACUCUGAGCAUGUCUCAAAACAAACAUGCAAUUUCAAACACACUGAAACCUGAAAAAAUGUUUACCUUUAUGUAUGCAAUGUAGUGAUACUCUGCAGCGGUGCCUCAUUGACUCAAAUGUUUUCUAAUAAAGUUAAGCACCU